CAUAUAGACAAAUAUUUGUGCAAGUAUUAAGGAUUUAUUGUGUUAUGAAAAAUUCCAUAUGUAUAUUUUACUAAAAACGAACAACUGCAGGUGCACGGUUUAAGGAUUUAUUUAUCAAACAUAUCUUCAAUAUAUAUAUUGAUGUCAUAAAAACAUCAAUGUACAUUGAAUAGUGUGUUGUAGUGAAUCCUUAAAUGGUUAAAGAAUCUGCGUAUCACUAAUGUAUUACAAGAUCCAGACCCCCAAAAUAUUGUGAUAAAACCAGAUUACGUUUCUAACUUUAUAUUAUGUUCAUACAAUGUUUUUAGUCUCAUACAUAUUAAUAACUGAUAUAUUCCAAGAUUCCGAAACCCGAAAAUAUAACAUACAUCUGUAUUUUUCUUCUUUAGUAGUGUGAUAAAAGAAAGAAAUCAUAUUGUAGUAGAGUUGGUAACAAGAAUGAAAGGUUCCAUUUUAUGUAGAUUUCCUGACAUACAGAAAAAUUAUAAGGAAUUGGUGGAAUAAUAAUAAAUGGAUCAGUGAUAGGAAUCAAAUUGUUUUAUUAUAAAUCUAUUUGAGAAAACUCAUUUUAUUAUUCCAAAUACUAAACAAAAAGAACAGCAGAAGCAUAAAAGGCUAGCAUCUAGCUAAACAAGAAGAUGGCUUCCAUAAAUACUGCGUUUAAGGCUUUGUGCUUAUCUCUCUUGUUCGUCAUCGUCUUAAGUUCUCCUGACACUGAACCAAAAGUCUUCGAUGUCCAAAGCUAUGGUGCAAAAGGCGACGGUACAGCGGAUAAUGCAAAUGCGUUUACAAAUGCGUGGAAAGAUGCAUGCGCAUGGAAGGGACGUAGCAAAGUGUAUGUACCAAAAGGAGCCUUUUAUCUUGGUGGCGUAACGUUUGCUGGACCAUGCAAUUGUCAGACUUAUUUUGUCAUCGAUGGAGUCUUAUUGGCUCCAACGAAUAACGACGACAUUAAAAAGGAGACAUGGGUGAAUUUCGCCUACAUAAACUAUCUCACCAUCUCAGGCAGCGGCACCAUCGAUGGUCAAGGAAAAGAGUCAUGGCCACUUAAUAACUGCAACAAGAACGAUAAUUGUCCUAGACUUGCUGUGAGCAUGGGAUUUGAUUUCGUGAACAAUUCAAGGAUCGAAGGGAUAACAUCACUAAACAGUAAAGCAGGACACUUCAAUUUUUACUUCGUUAAUAAUUUCACCAUCGCCGGUGUCAACAUAACAGCUCCCGGCGAUAGCCCCAACACUGACGGGAUCAAAGUAGGCUUUUCAAGUAAUAUUAAUAUCUCGAACACUCACAUUGGCACAGGGGACGAUUGUAUCGCUAUCCUCUCUGGAAAUACAAACUUAUUUAUCUAUAACGUCACUUGUGGUCCUGGACAUGGGAUCAGUGUUGGAAGCUUGGGAAAGAACAAGGACGAGAAGAAUGUUGAGGGCUUAACGGUUAGAAAUACGGUCUUUACUGGCACUAGUGACGGUAUUAGGAUCAAGACAUGGGAAUCUUCGGCUACAGAGAUUGCAAUAUCCAACUUCCUAUAUGAGAAUAUACAAAUGAUCGAUGUUCAAAGCCCAAUAAACAUCGAUCAGCAGUAUUGCCCUUACCCGCCAUGCAUAAAAAAGGGAGAUUCUCAUGUUCAGAUCCAAAACGUGACGUUAAAUAACAUUUGGGGAUCAUCGAUGAACAAAGAAGCUGUGAAAUUUCAAUGUAGCAAACUCUUUCCUUGCAAGAAUGUUCAAUUAAUUGACGUUAACUUAUCGUACAGUGGAAACGGCGGGCCCGCAACGGCGUUAUGUGAGAACAUUGAAGGUUCUGCCUCUGGCAAGAUGGCUCCACCAAAUUGUCUGAAGACUCUGAACUGA